GGGAAAGGGAGGCCUUUGGCUUGUCCGCUCGCGAGAGGCCUGAGUUGGGAGGAGGCGGAGCGGCCGCCCUGCGAGACGCGGCGUCGAUCGCGCUGGAGGAGAAAGUGGAGCGGGGAGCCGAGUCGUGAGAGAGGAAGAGAGAAAGUGAGGAAGCAUUUUACUUCAGAGCGCCCCCCGCGGCACCUUCCCUCCCUCGGGUGAGGGGCUCGCGCGCCUUUUCUUUUCCCGCCGCUCUCCGCACGUUGUCUUGCAUGUAGUGCCUUUUCAGAAGUGUCACCCAUGGUAAACUCCACUGAAGCUGCACCAACUCCUUUCGGGAUGGCAGUUAGCUGAUGAACAGCUGAGGAUGACCUUAACUGACAGACUGCGUGAGAAGAUAUCACGGGCAUUUUACAACCACGGACUGCUGUGUGCUUCCUAUCCCAUUCCUAUCAUCCUUUUUACUGGCCUCUGUGUCCUGGCCUGCUGCUAUCCAUUGCUAAAGCUCCCAUUACCUGGCACUGGACCUGUGGAAUAUACCACCCCUGUGAAGGACUACGCGCACCCUCCAGCCUACCCAGCCCACCAGCAAGGAGAGCCAAGCGAGAGGCCUGACUGGUAUACUGGUGCUCCUGUGGCCUACAUUCAACAGGUCCUGGUGAAAGCCAUUGUCUCUCCAUGGCCCAAGGCAUUCCUGGCUGUUGAUGUGUUUCGGUCGCCGCUGUCUCGUGUUUUCCAGCUAGUGGAGGAGAUCAGAAAUCACGCCCUGCAAGACGGUUCCAGAAUCAAAAGCCUUGAAGAAAUCUGCCUUCAGGUAACGGAUCUCCUGCCCAACUUAAAGAAGCUUCGUGGGUUGCUCCCUGAACAUGGCUGCCUGCUGCUGUCCCCAGGAAACUUCUGGCAGAAUGACCAGGAACGCUUCAGUGCUGACCCUGAUAUCAUUAAAACCAUCCACCAGCAUGAACCAAAGACGUUACAGACAUCGGCUACCCCCAAAGAUCUGCUGUUUGGCGUCCCAGGGAAAUGCAGUGGGGUGAAUCUUUACAACCGGAAGCGAGUGGUAACCUACACCAUCACCUUAGGUCUCCAGCGAUAUGACUCCAGAUUCCUUUCCAGCCUCCGCUCCCGCCUCAAGAUGCUGCAUCCCAGCCCCAACUGCACCCUGCGGGAGGAGCACAUCAUCCACGUCCACUUCAAGGAGGAGAUUGGCAUCACUGAACUCAUCCCCCUCGUGACCACCUACAUCAUCCUCUUUGCUUACAUUUACUUCUCCACGCGCAAGAUUGACAUGGUGAAAUCGAAGUGGGGCCUGGCUCUGGCUGCAGUUGUGACAGUCCUCAGUUCUCUGCUCAUGUCAGUUGGCUUGUGUACACUCUUUGGCCUCACACCUACGCUCAAUGGAGGAGAGAUUUUCCCUUACCUAGUGGUAGUGAUUGGCCUGGAGAACGUGCUGGUUCUCACCAAAUCUGUUGUUUCCACACCUGUCGACCUGGAAGUGAAGUUGAGGAUUGCACAAGGUUUGAGCAACGAGAGCUGGUCAAUUAUGAAGAACAUGGCCACGGAACUGGGGAUUAUUCUGAUUGGUUACUUCACCUUCGUCCCAGCUAUCCAGGAGUUCUGCCUUUUUGCUGUGGUUGGCUUGGUGUCUGACUUCUUCCUCCAGAUGCUCUUCUUCACCACUGUUCUCUCCAUUGACAUUCGCCGCAUGGAGCUCGCUGAUCUGAACAAGCGGCUCCCGGCCGAAGCCUGCCUGCCCUCCACCAAGCCAGUGAGCCGCUCCCAGCGGUAUGAGCGCCAGCCAGCCUUGCGGCCGGCCACCCUGCACACCAUCACCCUUCAGCCCUCGUCCUUCCGGAAUCUGCGCCUGCCCAAGCGUCUGCGCGUGAUCUACUUUUUUGCCAGGACCCGGUUGGCACAGAGGCUCAUCAUGACUGGGACAAUGGUCUGGAUUGGCAUCUUGUUUUACACAGACCCUGCGGGCCUCCGCCCUUACCUGGCCUCUCAAGUCACAGAGCAGAGCCCCCUGGGCGAGGCAGGGCUGCCGGCCAUGCCGGUCCCCGGGGAGGUCCUUCCCACUGGCAAUGCCCAGCUGUCCCUCUCUGUCUUUCCUCCGGAGCCUGCCCCGCAGCUAUCAGAGAACGAGACCCUGGAUUCGCUGAGCAGGCAAGAGGCCAGUCACCGUGCCAAGGCUGAGGAGCGAGAGAACCGAGGGAGCGGCAGACAGCCGGAGCUGGGCCCCAAGGUGGAAGUGACAUGGGGGGCAGAGGACGAAGAGAUCUGGAGGAAGCUCUCCUUCCGGCACUGGCCGUCCCUCUUCAGCUACUACAACAUCACACUGGCCAAAAGGUACAUCAGCAUUCUCCCAGUGAUCCCGGUCACGCUAUACCUGAACCCUCAAGAGGCCUUAGAGGCCCGCCAUCCUCACGAGGCAAAUCGCUACCACCCUUUCUUCUCACUGAGUGGCGAGAAAUCGUUGGAGCAGGCAGAUCGGGGGGCGGAAGGGGUGCCCAAAGUGCAAGGGCACCAAGACGUCACCCUGUACAAGGUCGCUGCUUUGGGCCUGGCAUCUGGGAUCCUUUUGGUCCUCCUACUCUUUUGCCUGUACAAAAUCUUGUGUCCCAAAAACUAUGGCCAGAAUGGGCUUUCCCACAGCAGGAGGAGAAGAGGAGACCUGCCCUGUGAUGACUAUGGCUACUCCCCACCAGAGACAGAGAUCAUUCCCCUGGUCCUCAGGGGUCACCUUAUGGACAUUGAAUGCCUGGCUAGUGAUGGGAUGCUCCUGGUCAGCUGCUGCUUGGUGGGUCAGAUCCGGGUGUGGGAUGCUCAGACCGGCGACUGCCUCACUGUCAUUCCUAAGCAAGGGUUGCGCCGAGAGAACAGUGGCAUCUUUGAUUACCAGGAUUGUUGGGACCGCAGCCCGAGUGGGCUAGAGGACACCUUUGACGGCAGCCCCCCGUUCAAAAGGGCACGGAGCCCUCCACAGCCCCUCUUGUUCAGUGAUCAGCCUGACCUCACCUCCCUCAUUGACACCAACUUCUCUGAGCAAGCCAAGGCAGCUGCCCCAGAGCCCCGCUACCGGGCCAUCUGUGGCCGGCAGAAGGAGUCAGGCUACGACUUCAGCAGCCUGGUGGAGAAGGUCUAUGAGGAGCAGAGCGCCUCGAACUGUGUGAACUUGGGCUUCUCUGCCCCCCACGGACAGGUGGCCUUCAGCCCCCGGACUGGCAGGGCUAGGUCCCCAAGCUCUGGGGGUGAGGAAGGAGAGUGUGGUGUCCGCAGGAGUAGCCUGGAGGAUGAGCCCUCUGCAGGGCUGGAGAAGACGUUGCCCCUUCCCUCUUGGGGCGGUGACUUUGAAAGCUCUAUCUGGAGCUUGGAGCUGCAGGGAAACCUCAUUGUGGCCGGCCGGAGCAAUGGAAGGCUGGAGGUGUGGGAUGCUAUCGAGGGCACUCUGCAUUGUAGUAAUGAAGACGGCCAGUCAGGCAUCACCUCCCUUGUCUUCCUGAACAGCAGGAUUGUUGCUGCUAGGCUGAAUGGCUCCCUGGAUUUCUAUUCCUUGAGGACACGCACCUCCUUGGCUCACUCCCAGCUCAGAGGAACUCCAGGCGGGAACAGCCUCCCAUCCUCUCCCAUGUGCAGCAGCAGUGAUGUCAUCACGUGUCAGCUGACCCACACGGUGACUUGUGCUCAUCAGAAACCAAUAACUGCCCUGAAGGCUGCAGCAGGGCGGCUUAUCACAGGGAGCCAGGAUCACACGCUAAGAGUAUAUCGUCUGGAAGAUUCCUGCUGCCUCUUCACACUGCAGGGCCACUCGGGAGCAAUCACAGCAGUCUACGUUGACCAGACGAUGGUGCUAGCAAGCGGAGGCCAGGAUGGGGCCAUCUGCCUCUGGGAUGUGCUGACAGGCAGCCGAGUGAGCCACAUGUAUGCCCACCGUGGGGAUGUCACGUCCCUGACUUGCACGACCUCCUGCGUGAUCAGCAGUGGCUUGGAUGAUGUCAUCAGCAUCUGGGACCGAAGCUCUGGGAUGAAACACUAUUCCAUUCAGCAGGAUAUGGGUUGUGGGGCCAGCCUGGGCGUGAUCUCUGAUAAUCUGCUGGUGACAGGAGGCCAGGGCUGCGUUUCCUUCUGGGACAUCGGCUAUGGCGACCUGCUGCAAACAGUCUACCUGGGCAAGAGCAAUGAAUCCCAGCCUGCGCGCCAGAUCCUAGUGUUGGAGAACGCAGCCAUCGUCUGUAACUUUGGCAGCGAACUCAGCCUGGUCUAUGUGCCAUCAGUGCUGGAGAAGCGAGACUGAAGCUGGAUUACACUGACGAGUGGGCGAUAGCACCCCCCCUCGGAAAAAAACCCCUUCCUUUGAAUUUCUGACUGGGCCGUGCAGGGAUUGGGGCUGUCUGGACCUCUUGGGAAGCACAGAGGGAGCCACCGCCUCUCCCCGUUUUUCAGCUGUGGGUUUUACCUCCCUGUCUCUGCUGUUUGGCAACAGUGAAAGAGGGGGAGGCUGCCUUCUGCAGCGGUUGAACAUGGGCUAGUUUUCUUUAGGCUUGCAAUGAGCUAAAUGGAAUCCAACAGCAAGGGGUUGUGGUCAUGUAGAGGAGCCCGGUGCAGCUGCUAGGCUGGGGGGCAAUUCUGUGAGCAGUGCUUGAGGGAUAGCGUGCUGCGGAAAAGACCUUCCGCUACAGCCCGGUUGAGGGAGAGUCUGUUUGUUGCCCGUAUAAGGGAGGGCAGGUUCCUUCAGGAACUGUGAGGGUAGGUGUGCAUGGAAGAAGCCGCCUGCUCUGCCCAGCAUCUCCCUCAAGGCCUGUUGCUGUAGGAGCUGCUUGCAGGCUCUGUGUGAGAGAGUCCCCCCCCCCUUGCUGGAAGGAGGAGGGCGACCUCCCCAGGGGCAGCAGUAGCAAAGAGGAGCUGCUCCGAUGCCGCUGCUUAACACAUGCCAUCCUCCUCCCUCCCCUGGCAGCGCUGCUCCGUACCUGUGCAGAGGGAAGGAGAACAGCCUGGAACUUGGACUACUUGCUGGGGGGGGGGUGACUCUUGAGAAGCUGCUUUCGUGAAGGAGAACAGCUGGCCCAUGAAGCAAGCAAGCAGGCCGUGAACGUGCUUCAGCUGUAGUAGGCUGGGGCUAGUUGUCCCACAGGUAGGCCCUGCUCUCGCUGCCUGGGGAAAAGGUAGACUUCUUGUGCUACCUGCCAUAUUUAUUGAUGUGCUGUACAUAGUUAAUUUAUUCUGGCACGCAAGGGUGAGGGAAGUGAAGACUAGUGGGUUGGCUCCAACCAUCCUCUCCCAGCCGUCUCAAAGAGCAAACGCCUGUUCCAGCACCCGCUUGCUUUACCCUCCCUGGGCAUUGCCCUGGUUCACCCCCCUGAGGUUCACCCCCCUGAGGGGGCUACGCUUCCUUUUGCUCAGGCUCUAGUUUGGACCGUGGCUAGAAAGACGGAGAUGCACACAAGCUGCACAGUGGAAGUGCUGGCAGCAGCCCGGCUUUUGUGUCCAUCGCUAAGGUGGGGCCAGAGUCUGUCUGGAACGUUCUUCCUUUUAUAUCUCCAGUGGGCAGAAGGACAAACGGUUUGGCAUAGCAGGCAAGCACAAGAGAAGAGGCUGUACCUAUAUUUGUUUUUGUCUGCCAGGCUGCAGCGUUGGGAUGUAGAGAAGUCAAGGAUGACGCUUCUAAAACUGUAAUACCAUUAAUUGAGUUCAUCUUUUGUUUUUAAUCUAGGAUUUCCUAGUGUAGGGAACACUGUGCACUGUAGCCGACGGAAGGAUGCUUUGGGGAUUAAGCUGCUGUAUCCUGUUUGUCCCAUUUCCCCAAGCUGGGGGUUGCACUUGCCUGGGGCAGGGGAAGGACACUACUGGCCAGUGGAGGCCCACACCAGGCCGCCCAGCUCUGCCCCUCACGCCCCCCUCUUGCUCCUGCUGAUCCUUCUUGGCUCGUGGUCAGUGUCCACACCAUGCCUCAGGUGGCCUUAGCUCUGCUGUACCCUUUGGACUGUACACCAGCAGCUGUGUUUUGUACCAGAUUGUUUUAUAAUGUGUACAGAUGCAGACACAUUAAACAGAACUAACCUAA